AUUAGGGAGACCAAACUGCAAUUUGUCUAAACUCUAAACCAGCAGUUCAUUAGACUUAUAUAAUUUUAACUUUUCAGUCAAGUGGAGCUCCGAGCAAAGUACUGUGCAAUUUCUUCAUCUAUGGAAGAAGACGAUAAUCUCCCGAACACCGCCGCCGCCGAGGCGUCGGAUUCCGCUCUCCAACGGAAGCAUGCGGCGAUGAUCGAACGCCUUUCGAACUCACACCAAUCACGUUUGGCUCGCAAACCCAAUUCAGAAUCGAACUCUACGUUCAUCUCCACAAGUUCCUUUCUUUCUCGUUUCUCCGAAUCCAAAAACUCCAUUGAAUCCACACUCUCUCGCAUCCGUCAAACGCCCGACCCGCAUUCCAACCCGACUCUUAAAUCCGAACUCGACGACGUCUCAAUAUCCAUCGCAGAUCUCGAAAAACUCGUCGCUGAAAACUCCUUUUCCCUACCAUCCUACGAAGUCCGUACAUGCCUCAAAACUAUAACCGAUCUAAAACAAUUAGUUGAACAGGUUACGGGCGAAGUAAUCCCAAGGAAGAAAUUCUCUUUCAAAAACAAAUCAACGAAGAAAAUCACAACGCAAAACGACAUCGUAUCAGAAGUUCCAAAUGUGGAAUCAAAGGAUUCAGUGUUAAUGGUUUUGGAUUCGCCAGGGUUUAGGGGCAAAGAAAAUGAGGUAUUAGUGAAGGAAUUCGGUAGGGGUAAUGAUGAAGAGAUUAGGGAAUUCGUUUUAUCGGAUUUAAAGGGCUGUGAUGUGAGAUUAAUGGGGAAUGUGAGGGCAUUGUUUGUGCAUAAACUGAUUGAUUGUAAGGUAUAUGUUGGACCUGUUUUUGGGUCAGUGUUGAUUGAAGAAGUGACAAAUUGUGUGUUUGUUAUGGCAUCGCAUCAGAUUCGGAUUCAUCAAGCUAAAAGAUGUGAUUUUUAUCUUCGAGCGAGGAGUAGGCCGAUAAUCGAGGACAGUGAUGGUGUAAGGUUUGCACCGUAUUGCUUAAAGUAUGAAGGGAUUGAGAAGGAUCUUGAGGAAGCUAAUCUUGGUGAAGAGACAGGUAAUUGGUCGAAUGUAGAUGAUUUUAAGUGGUUAAGGGCAGUGCAGUCUCCAAAUUGGUCUAUUUUACCAGAAAAUGAACGCGUUGGCACAGUUGAUAUUUCAAAUCGAGAACCAAAAAUUUGAAUCUUUUGUCGCGAGGAGCGACUGCUUAGCUUGACAACUUAUUUUCUUUAAGUGGCACCUACUGCUUAAUCAUACAAAAGUUUCUCGAUUUUCCUACAUCGUCAUGCUGAUUGCUUUGACUCUAUGUCACUGAUUUGAAUGGACUCAGCAGAACUAACAAAGUUUAGAGAAUAUGGUCUGGGGGCUUAAUAAAUCUUUAAAAAGCCGCUAGCAUAAUUGCUGGACACUGUCUAAUGAAGAAGCUGUGGGAAUUGCUAUUGAUGAUUCAGUUUAUCUGUAAUGACUUAAGCUAAAUUUGAUCAGUUUAAGUAUUUCGAUGAGUUGGGUAAUAGAGCUCUAUCCUUUAUAUAUUUGCGAGUCCUGUAGUAUGCAAAAUACUAGUCUUUGGCUCUCUUCUUUAUGGCUAUAUUCAAAGAACUAUCUCAAGUUCUAACCAUUCAACGAUGAUCCUAUCAUGUUUUUCUUGGAACAUGUCAAUAUUCUAUAUUAGGAUUGGAAUGUAGCAUCAUUGGGAGGCUCAGUUGGUGCUUUCAGUGGCAUGAUUCGCGCUGAGGGACCUUCUUCUCUCUUUACAAGGGCCUAGUUCCCUCCAUCAUAAGCAUGGCACCUUCAGGCACAGUUUCUAUGUAGGGGUAAUAAUGAAGAGAUUAGGUAAUGGCUAGCAAUGGUGGUUGUAGAUGUCGGUCAAGAUAAUGUUGGCUAAUGGUGAGGUGUGUUAGUAGCUCGUGGUGAUGGUCAUUGAGAGUAGAGAUUGAUGCUAGUAGUUGGUGAUGGCGGUUGAUAGUUGUGAAGGAUGAUGGUAAUAGCUAACAAUGGUCGUGAAUAAUGAAUGUGGUUGCCGAUUUAUCACGUGGUGACUAAAGAAGGUGAUUCAUGGUUAUUGUGGUAGUUUGUGAUAAUGAUUGUAAAUGGUGGUUAGUGUUGGUGGACGGCAAUUACGAUAGUUAAAAUUUGAAUGAUUAAAUGUAAAUAUAUGAGGCCUUAGAAUAUUAUGAAGAAAAUACCUGUUCAGUUCA